AUGGUGGAGAAGAAUAAUCAUGCGUUGACACGAGACAAUAUUUGUGACAUCGUUUGGUGUUUUCCUCUUCUCGCGAAUUUCUUUCGCAGUCCCGUAGAAGACAGGACUGCAUAUUUUGGUCAGAGAGUCCAAGGCACUCUUAGGAGAAGGCUUUCAGUUGUCAGCAGCUCUGCUGUCUCGCAAUGGAUGAUUGUUCCAUCCUCUCUUCGGAAACCUCGAAACCUUGUCUCCCCAACGCGUCCUCGCACAAAACAAAGGGCAUUCAAGAUGACGGUGUCUCUCACUCUGCCUCGUGCUGCGAUCUUGCUGUUUGCUGCUUGCGCUGUUGCUCAAGCGGUUGAUGACGAGAGCAGCGAGACAUGUUUUGGUGAUACGUCCUCCUCCAACGCAAGCUCUUCGGUCGUGAUGGAGCGUUUGCAGGAGCUUGCGCCAGUCUGCAAACUUGUUACGACAUCUGUCGUUAGCUUUUUGAGCACCUUCCUGGUGCUUCGAACGCUCACGACGGCAGCCAAGCUGGCCAUCGUCGUCUUCUUGUUGUACGUGCAAGAGUCGAGUCGAUGGAGCGGCCGAUCGAUCGAUCGAUCGCGAAUGGUUUUCUGGUUGUCGUCGACCAACUCACGACUCGAUGCGUCUCUCUUUUCGUUCCUUCUCCACAGUACCCUGCUGAUGGAUGAGCUUCCCAAUGUGCUAGGUGAUACGCUGAAAGGCUUCUUCGGUGAACACUCUGCUGCACUCCAGCAGUACCUCUUGUCCAAAGUCGGCAGCAUGGCAAACGAUGGAUGGGAAUCGUUCAACAUUACGAUUCGAGGACUGGUGACAGCCGGAGACAAGUACACGAUUGUGGGAGUGGUGGUUGGGACGCUACUAGCCAUGUACAGGGCUUGAGCGCUGGAUCAUCCUGUCCUGUCCACAAAGCCGCCCGACAGAAACAAAUCCUGUGCACUCAAAUGUAAGUGCGAUACCGGUACGAUGCCGGCAUGUGAUGAUCGUGUCAGUUACAGAGACCCAGAGCACCAGACAACUACCGGUACACCGAUAGACCACUUGAUAAAAAGCAGACUACGUAACAACGAUAGCUUCACAGUAAACUUG